CAAUGGUGAGAUGAAGGUAAACCACAUGGUGCGUGUUGAGUUUGAGAUUGGACCGUAUAAGGAUUGCAUUGAUUUUGAUGUGGUUCCUAUGACGGUUUGUCACCUCUUAUUGGGUCGGCCUUGGCUCUAUGACCGUUCUGUGCAACACAAUGGCCGAGCCAAUACAUAUCACUUGGAGUACAAGGGCAAGAAAAUUAACUUACAGCCUAUGUCACCACAACAAAUUGUCAAUGAGUCUCGUCAGAAGAUUGAAGUGAAUUUGGAGGAUGCACCUCUAGAUAGGCGAGAGAAUUGUAAUGUCGUGAGUGAUAUAACGAAAAGUGAGAGAGUGAAUUCCUUAGUUUCAUUAGCCACCAAAGAAGACAUGAGAGAAUUUAGUGAGGAUCCUACGGCCAUGCCUCUUGUGCUUUUGUACAGGGGUACGGUCUUGGUUACUAACGACAUGACCCCUCUUCCUCUUGGUGUUUCUAAUGUUUUGCAGGAAUUUGGCGACGUGUUUCCGGAGGAGGUACCCGCAGGACUACCACCAUUGCGAGGUAUUGAGCAUCAAAUUGACUUGAUUCCCGGAGCUUCGCUGCCCAAUAGGGCACCAUAUCGCACUAAUCCCGAAGAGACGAAGGAGAUACAGAAGCAAGUACAAGCGCUACUCGACAAAGGUUAUAUCCGCAUAAGCCUUAGUCCUUGUGCUGUUCCUGUUAUUCUAGUUCCUAAGAAAGAUGGUACUUGGCGUAUGUGCGUAGAUUGUAGAGCUAUAAACAACAUUACUAUUCGAUAUCGUCAUCCUAUUCCCCGUUUAGAGGAUAUGUUAGAUGAAUUGAGUGGUGCUGCUGUGUUCUCUAAAAUUGAUUUGCAUAGUGGUUAUCAUCAAAUUAGGAUGAAAGAAGGGGAUGAGUGGAAAACAGCCUUUAAAACAAAAUUUGGUUUAUAUGAGUGGUUAGUAAUGCCUUUUGGGUUAACUAAUGCACCUAGCACUUUCAUGAGACUGAUGAACCAUGUUUUGCGUGAAUUUAUUGGCAAAUUUGUCAUAUUUCUGGGUUAUGUUGUCUCUAAGCAUGGAGUAGAAGUAGAUGUGUCUAAAAUUGAAGCUAUUCAAAAUUGGCCUACUCCCAUGAAUGUGACCCAAUCUACUUUGCAUAAGCGUCUAGCUAAGUGGGUUGAGUUCAUUGAGUCUUUUCCAUAUAUUAUUAAGCAUAAGAAGGGAAAAGAUAAUAUUGUUGCUGAUGCUCUAUCUAGGAAGAAUAUGCUAUUAACUCAACUUGAUGUUAAAAUUCCUGGUUUAGAGAUACUAUGUGAUUUAUAUGCUACUGAUCAUGAUUUUGCUGAACCAUAUCGCUUAUGUGCUCUUGGUAAAGCAUGGGAAAAAUAUCACAUACAUGAUGGGUUCUUGUUUAGAGCUAACAAACUAUGUGUUCCAGAAUCGUCUGUGCGUUUGCUCUUAUUGCAGGAAUCACAUGCUGGAGGUUUGAUGGGUCACUUUGGGCGUGAGAAG